CUACACGUCACUUCAGCGAUCCCACCCUUUCCGUCCCUGGGACGCCGGCUGCUGAACGUGUCUGGGAGAUCUGUGAGGCCCCAUCCCCGGUAGAGACGCGUGUUCCCGACUCGAGAUGCCACCCAAGAAGGCAGAUGAUGGACCAAAGCAGCACCCAAUCAUUGGAAGAUUCGGGACCUCUUUGAAGAUCGGCAUAGUAGGACUUCCAAAUAUAGGGAAAUCAACUUUCUUUAAUGUGUUGACUAAGAGCCAGGCGGCUGCAGAAAACUUUCCAUUUUGCACCAUUAAUCCAAAUGAGAGCCGGGUACCCAUCCCAGACGAGAGAUACGAUUUUCUGUGUCUGUAUCACAAGCCAGUAAGCAAAGUUCCGGCAUUUCUGAACGUGGUGGACAUAGCCGGUCUUGUCAAAGGGGCCAGCACGGGCCAAGGCUUGGGGAAUGCUUUUCUGUCGCAUAUCAGUGCCUGUGACGGUAUUUUUCAUCUUAUGCGUGCCUUUGAUGACGAUGACAUCAUCCAUGUUGAAGGAAGUGUCAAUCCAGUACGGGACAUUGAAAUCAUACAUGAGGAACUCCGUCUGAAGGAUGAAGAAAUGAUCAUUGCUGCCAUAGAUAAACUUGAAAAAGUAGCCGUGAGAGGAGGAGACAAAAAGCUAAAACCAGAAUAUGACAUAAUGUGCAAAGUGAAAACCUGGUUAAUAGAUGAACAGAAUCAUGUCCGUUAUUACCACGACUGGAAUGACAAGGAGAUUGAUGUGCUAAAUAAACACCUAUUUCUGACCUCCAAGCCCAUGAUCUAUCUAGUCAACCUUUCUGAAAAAGACUACAUCCGCAAGAAAAAUAAGUGGUUGAUAAAAAUUAAGGAGUGGGUGGACAAGCAUGACCCAGGGGCCUUGGUCAUUCCUUUUAGUGGGGCCUUGGAACUGAAGCUGCAAGACAUGAGUGAUGAGGAGAAGCAGAAGUAUCUGGAAGAGAAAGUGACACAAAGUGCUUUGUCCAAGAUUAUUAAAACCGGAUACGCAGCACUACAGCUUGAAUACUUCUUCACGGCAGGGCCCGACGAAGUGCGCGCAUGGACCAUCAAGAAAGGGACAAAGGCUCCUCAAGCUGCAGGGAAGAUUCACACAGAUUUUGAGAAGGGUUUCAUUAUGGCAGAGGUAAUGAAAUUUGAUGAUUUCAAAGAAGAAGGCACCGAAACAGCUGUCAAGGCGGCAGGAAAAUACAGACAACAAGGGAGGAAUUAUACUGUAGAAGACGGAGACAUAAUCUUCUUUAAAUUCAAUACACCUCAGCAACCUAAGAAGAAAUAAUUUUUAAUGUCAAAACAAUUUUUUUUUUUUUAUUAGAAUAUUCUGUUAUUAAAUUGCCAAGCCAGGAGCCAUCUUUUCACACCCCCUCCCACCCUCCAACAAAAUAAAUGAUGUUUGUUCGGAAAUGAUGUGUGUCACCUCACUGUGAAAAUACAAGUUCAGUAAAUGUGUUUUUCAAAUGAUUAAGAUCCUACUUGAAAUCAUAGAUGCCAUUCGGAAUCCACACAAGUCUCAUGAUACUUCAUUAAUCUCCAUCAUGUAAGCCAAGCCUGACACAUCUGACAGUGAGGACAAUGUGGCUGGCUCUUAUUUGAAUCUACAGAUAAUGCAUGUUUUACAGUACUCCAGAUGUCUACACUCAAUAAAACAUUGGACAAAA